UUGCUAAAAGCCAUGAAGGAGGACCUCAUCUUUCAGGACUUCCUCGAGGGUCCUAUUCGUUUUCCACCGACAUUCAAAUUCGACAAGGGCACCAAUAUUUAUGACACCAGAACCAGACUGCAUUUAUGCGGCUGCCGUCCUGGUGACUGUUUGAGUCUGGGCUUUCCUUUGCCCAUCAAACCUUAUGACAUUGCUUUCGUGAUUUUCGGAUCUCGCGGCCUCGGCCUGGCUCGAUAUGUGGGCACGCUCAAUACCGACCAUGAAGGCUAA